AUGGCCCCUGCGGCGGGGCUCGCCUGCGUCCUGCUGUGCUGGGCGCUCUCGCUGCCCGCCGGCGCCCUGCGGCGCUCCGCGGACCGAGAUCGUAUUUUGAGGAAUAUAGAGGAGUACAGCCUUGUCAUCCCCACCAGCACCGAUUCAGAGGGCAGGUUCCUAUCCCACCUGGUGUCUGGACCACCAAAAGCACGCUUCAGAAGAGCUGCAGAGGACUUGCAACAUGAAGCGGCAAAUGAGCAAAUAUUUUACAAUGUCACUGUUUUUGGACGAGAGUUUCACUUCAGGUUGCGGCCAAACUCCAGGCUUGUCGCCCCUGGAGCAACAGUUGAAUGGCAGGAGGACUCCGACGAGACUCACAUUGAACCGCUCUAUGGGAAUUGCCUCUACGUUGGGGAUAUCACUGAUCUGCCAAAUGCUUCGGUUGCUAUCAGCAAUUGUGAUGGGCUGGCUGGCAUGAUUCGCACAGACAAGGACGAAUUCUUCAUUGAACCUCUGGAGAAAGGGGCCCAGGAGCAGGAGGAGGGAGGAGGCAGGACACAUGUGGUCUAUCGCAGAGCAGCUGCCAAGAAGCAGUUUCCUAUGGAGAGCACAGAUAUCCAGUAUAAAGAGGCUAACCUCACUAAUUUGGAUAGUCUCGACGGUGUGUUGAGGUUUAUCGAAGACCGAGUGCAUAGCUCCAGGCGGCGCUAUCGCCGACACGCGACUGAUGAUGAUUACAACAUUGAAGUUCUGCUGGGCGUUGAUGACUCAGUUGUUCAAUUCCAUGGGAAAGAGCACGUUCAGAAGUACCUGCUGACCCUGAUGAAUAUUGUUAAUGAAAUUUACCACGAUGAGUCCUUGGGUGCUCACAUCAACGUUGUCCUGGUGAGGAUAAUCCUGCUGAGCUACGGAAAGUCCAUGAGUCUAAUAGAGAUUGGGAACCCUUCUCAAAGCCUGGAGAAUGUGUGUCGCUGGGCCUACUUGCAACAGAAACCUGACACUGGGCACGCAGAAUACCACGACCAUGCUAUCUUCCUCACAAGGCAGGAUUUUGGUCCAUCUGGCAUGCAAGGCUAUGCUCCAGUCACUGGAAUGUGUCAUCCUGUUCGAAGCUGCACGCUCAACCAUGAAGAUGGUUUUUCAUCUGCGUUUGUGGUGGCCCAUGAAACUGGACAUGUGUUGGGCAUGGAGCACGACGGCCAAGGGAACAGGUGUGGGGACGAAGUCCGCCUGGGGAGCAUCAUGGCCCCCCUCGUGCAAGCCGCCUUUCACCGCUUCCACUGGUCUCGCUGCAGCCAGCAAGAGCUGAAUCGAUACCUCCAUUCCUAUGAUUGUCUGCGUGAUGAUCCGUUCGAACAUGACUGGCCUUCCCUUCCUCAGCUGCCAGGAAUUCACUACUCCAUGAAUGAGCAGUGUCGUUUUGAUUUUGGUUUGGGCUACAUGAUGUGCACAGCUUUCCGUACAUUUGAUCCCUGCAAGCAGCUGUGGUGCAGCCAUCCCGAGAACCCCUACUUCUGCAAAACGAAAAAAGGGCCUCCGCUGGACGGGACCAUGUGUGCGCCAGGAAAGCAUUGCUUCAAAGGUCACUGCAUCUGGUUAACACCAGAUAUCUUGAAACAAGAUGGACACUGGGGGGCAUGGAGUAAGUUUGGCUCUUGUUCUCGCACCUGUGGCAUAGGGGUGAAGUACCGGACACGGCAGUGUGACAAUCCACACCCAGCCAACGGAGGCCGCACAUGUGUGGGGCCGAGCUAUGAGUUUCAGCUUUGCAACACUCGGGAUUGUCCUAAGGACUUUGAGGAUUUCAGAGAGGAGCAAUGCAGACAGUGGGAUCCUUACUUUGAAUAUCAGAAUACAAAACACCACUGGCUCCCCUAUGAACAUGUUGAUGCUAAAGAAAGGUGUCACCUGUACUGUGAAUCCAAAGAAACGGGUGAUAUCGUAUACAUGAAAAGGAUGGUACAUGAUGGGACUCGCUGCUCCUACAAAGACCCUUACAGCAUCUGUGUGCGGGGAGACUGCUUGAAAGUUGGGUGUGAUAGGGUCAUAGGUUCCACAAAGCAGGAAGAUAAAUGUGGUGUUUGUGGAGGAGAUAAUUCCCACUGCAAAGUGGUGAAAGGAACGUUUUCAAGGGUACCAAAAAAACAAGGUCACGUUAAGAUGUUUGAAAUUCCUGUUGGUGCAAGACACUUACUUAUACAGGAAACAGACGCCACCAGCCAUAAUCUCGCAAUUAAAAAUCGUGAAACAGGAAAAUUCAUUUUAAGCGAAGACAACUACGUGCCAGACUCUAAAGUAUUUAUUGACAUGGGUGUGGAGUGGGAAUAUCGGAAUGACGACGAUAGAGAAACCGUGCAGACCAUGGGGCCCUUGCGUAACGGCAUAGUUAUUCUGGUGAUUCCUCAUGGUAGUGCCAAGAUCUCUCUGACUUACAAGUACAUGAUCCACGAAGAUUCCUUGAAUGUAGAUAACAAUAAUGUUUUGGAAGAGGACUUGGUAUCACAUGAAUGGGCUCUGAAAAAAUGGUCCCAGUGCUCAAAGCCUUGUGGAGGAGGCUAUCAGUUCACAAAAUACGGCUGCCGGAGGAAGGCAGACCACAAGAUGGUUCAUCGGAAUUACUGCGAGCUGAUCCAGAAGCCGAAGCCCAUUCGCAGAGUGUGCAACCUCCAGGAGUGCUCCCAGCCCAUCUGGGUUACAGGAGAAUGGGAACCUUGCAGCAAGACUUGUGGGAAGACAGGUUACCAGGUGCGAUCUGUCCGAUGUAUCCAGCCCCUGCACGAUAACACCAAUCGGUCUGUUCACACCAAGUACUGCAACAACGAUCGUCCGGAAGGCCGGAGGCCUUGCAACCGGGAGCUUUGUCCAGCACAAUGGAGAUUAGGACCCUGGUCACAGUGCUCUGUCAGCUGUGGCAACGGCACACAGGAUCGCCAGGUUCUGUGCCGGACCAGGGACAACGUUGCUGGCUUUUGUAAAGAAGAUAAACCAGAGAGCGUAAGGAUUUGCAGGCUACCUCCAUGUCCUAGAAACGUUUCUGAUCCUUCAAAGAAAACCUACAUGAUACAAUGGCUGUCGAGACCUGAUCCAGACUACCCCAUCCAGAAAAUAUCUUCAAAAGAUCAUUGUCAAGGAGACAAGUCAAUGUUUUGUCGCAUGGAAGUUCUCUCGCGUUACUGCUCGAUUCCCGGUUACAAUAAGCUGUGUUGCAAGUCCUGUAAUAUGUACAACAACAUUACAGAGGAAGACAACAUAACCGAUUCUAACGUAAAUAAGAAUAACGUCAUUGAGGAGGAGCUCCUGACAACCCUCAGCACUCCCAUGGGAGUUUCCACCACACGGGCUGCCACCAGUCCUCCUCUCAUUUACAAAACAAGUGCACCUCCUUCUAAUGCAACUGAGGAGCACCCAGAAAUUAACACAGUGGAUGUUCCCUACAAGAUUGACGGGUUGGAUAAUGAAGUAUCGCAGCACAACAUCAUUAACCGGAGGAGAAUACCUUAUGAAAGGACAAGGAAUCAACGAAUUCAGGAGCUGAUUGCUGAGAAAAGGAAAAAAGAGACUCUUAGAAAAAUGAACUAAAGUGGAAAUAUGGCACAAACAACAUUUUUUUUCUCUUAUAGAGAUGGUACCAAUGUCAAGUAUUGCCCAUGUCAUAGAGACUAAAAAUGGGGAAAAUCAAAGUGGUGCUAUGGCAGAAAUGCCGAAUUCUAAAGUCUGCUCUAAACGGGAAUGACAGAUUGUUUCAAAAGUGCUAAUCUAAACACUUUGAUGGCUAGGUUUACAGGGUACGGUAGAGUAUUAGUGCAAUAUCAUUACAGCGUUUCACUGAAUCCAAACAAACCGUAAUAUCUUGGCCAGGUUAGCAGGUUUCUAGUUUAUGGGGUCUUUUAAUUCUUUUAUGCCUGUGUAAAACUGCUUGGGAAUAGUACUGAGAAUUACAUUUAGGAUGGAGGAAAGCAGUCCCAAGAUGAAAUAAGUCCCCUUACCAGUGCCAAGCAGGUGGUCAGCUCUGCGGCGAUGCUCCCGGGCACUAACUCGGCCCUGCUUCAGGAAGGUGCGUGAGGACAUGCCAGGCCACGUGGGGCUGCCUUCAGUAGAGUUGCUCGCGCGGCUAUGGCUAGGCAUGUGCUUAUGUAGCUUUCUUAACCAGGUCUGCAUCAGGAAAUACGUAGAAAAUUCUGUAGCCAUAUAUUUAUGUGUAAAUUAAAAAUUGACAACCAGUAGUUUGCAUAUUUCCAUAAACAAAUUCAAAGCAUUCUUCUAAACAGUCGAAUAUGUGUGAGACAGGGCAGAUCCAGCCAAUGUGGACUGACAACAUCCUGGUCUUUCGGUUUACAACUAUUCUUAUUUUUUGAUAGUCUUUAAACUCCUGUAAUGCAACAGCCUCAGUGAUCUUGGUUGGUGCUUUUUUUUUGGUCCAUUUUUUUUUCUAUCCACGUGCUGUUUAACUUAAAAAUGACUGGAUUCUUAUUGCCUUUUCUUUGGUGCUCUGUGAAGAAAACUAUAUUUUUUUUCUCCCAUAGUGCAAGGUUAUUUUGGAAGAAAUUGUUUUGUAUUAUCUUCCUUUGCUUAGGCCAGCUUUAUCAGUGCAAAAGUGAGCAGUUGUUCACUGUGCACUUACACACACAUACAGACACACUUACUUACAGUACCAGGUCUGCUAGAAACUUAAGCAUGUGUAACCCGACAGCCCUUUGAGUACUCUGUCUCCCCUCAGGGUCACCAUGGUUUUCAUAGGUAAUUUUGCCUGGUCGGAGAUCGUGAGACAACUUCAGGUUGGCUCUUUUGUUUCAGGAUCAAUCUGUGUUUGAGGUUUGGGAGUUUCGGGAAGGUCCUGCCUUCCAAUAUUCAGUGCCAGAAUUAUUUCAAUUAUUUCAAUCUGAGUGUAAGAACAUCUCAUUCUCCAGCCUUCUCAUUAGCCUGAGCUGUUCUUCAUUUAAAGCAGAGCCAGUUAUAAGCCUGUAUCAUAACAUGAUUGUUGGAUAGGUGCUAAAUUUCCAGCAACAUGUAAGCUCUUAUAUGGCCCAGCUGCUGGCAAAGAGCUCCUAAGUCUUGCAAAGGAAACCACAUGCGGCUUCCUGCUGCCAGCCUGAGGCCCGCAAACAUCAUGGCUCGGCAGGCUACCCCAUUCCUGCUGCAGGAAGUGCUGAUUCAACUGGGAAAGAGAAGGAGGGAGCGUACGGAAAAGCAGUCUUUGCAGCAUUGGAAUGUCGAACGCGCUGCCUGAGCUGUGUGGCCAGAAGUCUUCGAAGGACAGGAGCCUGAUUUAACAGAAAUAAUUUAUGGAGAUACCAGUCGAAGUAGAGGAGGAAUGUGUUGAGAUGCUGUGACAACCUCAACUUGCCUUUCUUACAGAGGAGCAUGGUGAUACACCCGGAUGAGUGUUUCGGAGCAGUCCAGGUGGGUGCUAUACUGAAGACCACGAAGAAUGGGCAGUGUGACAGGACUGAUAAAAAUCAAGAGCUCUAAGAAACAUCUCCUGGGCCGAGACUCUCUCAGGUCUGCAGCAAAUCUGUCAGCAGAUGUUAGAGCAGCAGACAGUACAAGCACCAGGGACAUAUGGACACCCCUAGGCCUUCUGAGCUGGCUUGGCAAGAUCUCCUGUCCCUAGUCUACACUAACCUGCUCUAAUAGUUUUUGGAAGGAUGCUGUGAUGCAAAAAGUAAUGUGUUUUGGUUUUAAAAGGUAAGAUUAAAGCCCCACAGCAUAGCAGCAUUGAGCAGCGAGUGGGUUGCAGAGAGAAGAGCAGAGCAGGCUCAGAGUACAGCUGGGGGGACGCUCAGCAUUUUCCUGCAGGCCAAGGGUGCUAUAUAGGAACCUUUGCUUGCCCCCAGCCCUGCUCCAUGGGUGUCUGCCACUACCAAAGCACGAUGCACAGAUGAGCUCAGCACUGAUCCACAGUGAGCGGCAGCCUCGGCAGAGGGAUUUGCAGCUGCCUACAGACAUGGUAGCUGUAGUGACAGUAUGGGGUCACGUUGCAUCUGUGUAAAGCAGAGCAAUGUAGUAAUGAGCACCAAAGGGUGCUAUUUACGUGCUAUUUAAAGGUAGGGAGAAGUAUCUAAAUCAACGCCAUUCCAGCUGCUGCACGUAAAAAUCUAGCCAUGAGAUAAACAAGCUGUAUGGAGGCUCAUAGCAUGUAGGUAUACUGAGUGUUUCUUGCUUUCCACAUUUUCCUUGCACAGAUCUGAUUAACGUAAAAAGUCAUCUCUUCAGGUUAUUAUCCUGCUUUUAGGUCUAAGGACAGUAAAAAUAAACCACACCCCCAAGACUUUAUGUAGCCUAAAAGGACAUCUAAGCAUGUGAUAAACUUACAGGAAAAAAAUUACUAAACCUAAGGACAGAGAGGGUCUAUGGCUCAGAGUAUGUAGGUGGCUACUAGCCCCUUCAGCUCUCCUACCUUCCUAUUUCUGAUAUAUUCUGUGACUUCUCCAUGUCCCUUCUCAGGCUCCCUGAGGGCUCUUCUUUGCUGUAGACUCCUUGAUAAAUCUUUAUUUUCUCACUCUGAUUCCAUCUUAGUUCAGGAUUUGGUAGAAGUUUGCCACCGGGAUGGUUCCCUGUUUUACUUUCUGGGUCUUGAUGGAGAGCCACUUCUCCUACCUUCAGAAACCCAAGAUACCUCAUCUUAUAGCUUAUGUUCUUCCUUGGUAUCUGGAAUAGGUUUAGCCAAGAAGGGCAUAGGAAGAAAUGUCACAUGAGCAAUGCCCACAGUUCAAACACUGCCUUACAAAUAGGCUGUUCUCUCCAAAGGACUUCUAAGUUAGCAAAUAAUGAAGGAAAUUUAUUUGGUGCAACUUCAGGUGACCUUUCUGCAAACACCAUGGUGAAAGGCUUGCUCUGCUGUAGCCACUCAAUCUUUCAAGUGGACUUGGCAGUUCUGCUCUGGACAUUUCAAGCAGUUCCACAGAGAGGCCAGGAUUGCUGUUGGCACAGUGACUGUGACCCCAGGGCAUGUCAGAGCCCCCAGCACGAGGGUGACCCGUGAGGAUUAGCUCCCGUGCAGCGUGGACAUCACUGGCUGAUCUUGCAAAACUGGUUCAAUGUUCAGAAACCUGUUUUUAACUGGGAUGCUUCGCUCUUUCCCCAGAGUGAGUCAGUUCUCAGUCAAACAAACCAAAAGUGGUUUUUGCCAAUCAAGAUGGAACUUGUUCUACUUGUGACGCUGGAGGAGGCUCACAGAAAUCUGGGCUCCGUGUAGUGGUCAUCAAUGGCCAAGUGACAUCCACACUUCGAAAAGACUUACUCCAUUUUCCAGUCUCACCUUUUGGAGGAUUUCAUUUGAUUUAUUUCUCAUUAUUUUAAAUUCCAAUGAAUAUGUUUUCUAGUUAUUAUUUGGCCUGUCUCCUUGUGGUGCACAGCCACCAGCUACCUUCUCCAUACAGUCCUCCCAUAUAAGAAAAAAAGUCUCUCAUACCAGGAAAGCUUUUCAAGAUGGUUUUCAUAUCUCAGAAGAUGUUUUUGAGAAGUUCCUCAAGAUAGCAGGUUCCUAAGGUGGUGAACCACACCACCCUGCUAAAGAGCCAGAGCAGAGCUCUACUAAUUCAGAAAAAGCAACACAAGGCAGUGGAGGGGUGGCUCACUCUUAGCUGAGCUUUAGUCCUUUUCAUGCUGUGCAAUAUUUUGGUCACUUACUGGUCGGUUGAACUUUAGACAAUUGUUUCAUCUUUCCUACAGCGCUGUAAUUGGGCAAAAGCAUCACCAUAGUUUGCCUCCUUCUAUUUUGCUGUUGCCCAGGUACUGCAUUUAGAAACAUAAUGAGCACAGAAGAUAUUUUAAUUUAACUUAAUCCUCAGAAACUAAGGAAAGCAGAUUUAUAAGCAAAUCAAGUUAUAUUCCUGCAGAGACUGCUUGAUCUGAGAGCUACAGCAAUGUAGUCCCAUUGAGCAAUGCACUUUCUGAUACAUCCAACCAUACAAGUACACAACUUUCCAAAUAAUAAUUUUUCUAUUUGUCUAAACUUAAAAUCCAGGCGUCAGCCCCUCACAAAAAUAAUAAAUAAAUAAAUAAAUGAAAAUAAAAAAAUAAAUCCCAAACCAAUUCUCUUUUUCCAUUUCCUUUGGCUCCAAAUUACUUCCAUUUUUCUCCAGCCACAUUCCUUUAAAAAUUUCUGUAAUCGCGUAUGAAUGCAUCACUUUUUCUAUUAACAUAUCCAUUCAAUAUUUAGAGUCUCACAAUAUCUACAUAGAUGCUUUCAGAUAUUUUGAGAAUUCUAUAAAUGGUGCUUUACAAGUACUCAAAGGGUUUUAUGUUUUAUUUUAUUAUGUAAUGCAUUUAAUGUCUUAUUUACUCACCUACAAUGCACAGUAUUAGCUAUGUUCAUCUGAAUAUCUAUAUGUGACUUCCAUUCACUUACAUAUACCUUAACAGAAAUUGCAAUAAA